AUGCCAGCGCCAAGAGAAGACGCAGAAGACCGUGUCAAAAUCCUGGGGGAUGCAGCAGACAUGAUCUUCAAACUCAUGUGCGAUAGAGCGACAUCGGAACAGUGGACGGAGUGGCUGAGGGCCCCUCUGGAGCAUGCAGCAGGCACGGCCAACCGAGACUUGGUGGAGAAGUUGUUGAAAGCUGGAGCAGACGGGAGUGCGGGCUGGCGGGGUUGUGAUGACAAUACUUUGCUGCAUGCGGCUGCCGGGGGCGGCAACGAGGAGGUGGUGACGGCUCUCAUCAGGGCUGGCGCUGGAGAAGACAUGGAGGCCAAAACCCCGGGCACCGGAGGGACUCCACUCCAUGUUGCCGUUAUGAGGGGACAGGAGGCUGCGGCACGGGUGCUGGUGCUUGCUGGGGCCGAUGUGAAUGCGGUGGACCACAAUACCGACACUCCCCUUCAUCUUGCCAUCGGAGUAUUAGGAGUUGAUGCCCGCAUCGCGCAAGACCUUUUGCUCAGUGGAGCCAAUCCCAAAGCCCGAGGUUUCGCACAUGACUGCCCUAUCCAUGUCGCAGCUAGCCAUGGUCGACAUGAUGUUGUGCAUGCCUUGGCCCACACGAGGGCGGAUCUGGACGCUCUGGAUGGUAAAGGCAUGACCCCUAUCAGUCUUGCGGUGGAAGGAGAUCAUGUUUCGACAGUGAAGGUUCUGCUGGCUGCCGGUGCCGAUGCGAAGUGUGGGAUGAACCGUUUAAAGACCGCCUUGCAUGUUGCCGCCGAGUGCAACAAAUCAGGCGCCAUCCCAGCGCUCAUCGAAGCCGGGGCCGACAUUGAAGCUCGAAUGUCGCUUGGACGGUCACCACUUUGGUACGCGGCCUGGAAGGGCUCUUGCGCUGCCAUGCUCGUUCUCCUACAACUGGGUGCCGACACGGAGAGGCCAUGCCGACGCCGCGGAUCUGCUUCUGAGAUGGGGUGCAGAUGAGAUGGCAGUGGACAACGAGGGAGUCACCACUCCCAGCGCGCUCAUGCCAGCAAUUGCUCAAGCUGACGAAAGAGACCGCCCGAGACUCGAACGUCUGGCCGCGCUACUGGAGAAGGCUCCGCAGGAUAGGGCCUGGCGUCGCCGGGGCUUCCUGGUCUUGUGCCGCGCCCAUCCUGAAAGGCUACGGCUCGUAGAGGAGAUCCCCGACAUGGAGGCCGAGUCCACGGGGCAACCGCGCGAGCGCCGGAGCCAACGUGCCAGGAGGGGGCAGGUGAAGGUCGAGAUAGAGUUGGGUGGCCGACACGGCCAGGGGGCGGGGGCGGAGGCGGGUGCGGGUAGCCGCGACGCGCGCGCCGGAGGUAGGGCUGGACAUCGCCGCCCAGUUGUUGGGUUCGAUGUCACAGCAGCCUGGCUAAUGGCGGUGAAGGACGAGGGAGUGUUCUGCAAGAUCGUGGGAUUCCUGUAGUGCGAAGAGGCGAGCUGGAACUUAAGAACUCUCCUUCAUUUUCGAGUUCAGAGGCGGAGAGGUUCGUGGCGUCGCAAUACAAGAAGGACCAAGAGGAGAGGAGGCUAGCAGACGCACGGAAACAGCGAUUCUCAAGAGGGGAUCCACGGAAG